AUUUCCACUGGUGGUCGCCAUCGCAACGUCUCACCUGAUGGCCUCCACGUACAGAGAUCGGACGGCGGAGUUCCGAUCACUAACCCAAACGCUGAAGAAGAUCGGAGGAGUCACAUCCAUUAACCAUGAACAUGAUCCUUCUCCUUUGAAACCACACGCGUCAUCACUCUCUUCAAGAUCCGAGUUCAACAAAAAGGCUUCGAUUAUCGGUUUGGGCAUCCAUGAAGCCUCACAGAAGAUCUCUAGGCUUACCAAGCUUGCGAAAAGGUCAUCAAUGUUUGAUGAUCCAACAAUUGAAAUACAGGAACUAACUGCCCUGAUAAAGAAUGACAUUACAACAUUGAAUACAGCUCUCACAGAUCUGCAAACACUUCAAAACAUGGAGAUAACUGAUGGGAACUAUUCGCAGGAUAGAGUUUUUCAUUCCACUGCUGUCUGCGAUGACUUGAAAAGCAAACUUAUGGGGGCGACUAAAGAGCUCCAAGAUGUGUUAACUACUAGAACAGAGAAUAUCAAGGCUCAUGAGAACAGGAAACAGAUAUUUUCCUCAAAUGCUUCAAGAGAGAAUCCUUUUGUGCAUCAAGCAAAACCCGCGACUGAGCCACCACCUUGGUCAAGUUUAGCAAAUUCAUUUGGGACUUCACAGCCAUCUGCAAUGCCACCAACUGGUGUUCAAGUUGGCAGUCAGUUGAGGCGGAGGCCAGCUGUGGACAACACUCCUUCCUCCCAUAUGGAAAUGUCCAUGUUACAGCAGGUUGUUCCAAGACAGGAGAACUAUACUCAAAGUCGGGCAGUUGCUCUUCAUAAUGUGGAAUCUACAAUUUCAGAACUUAGUGGAAUCUUCACACAUUUGGCUACAAUGGUUGCACAGCAAGGGGAGCUUGCUAUUAGGAUUGAUGAUAAUAUGGAUGAGUCAUUGGCAAACGUUGAAAGUGCUCGCAGUGCUUUAUUGAGGCAUCUCAACCAAAUAUCAUCAAAUAGGUGGCUUUUAAUCAAGUUAUUUGCUGUUAUAGUAUUUUUCCUGAUGGUGUUCAUCAUCUUCGUGGCUUGAACGUGAUUACAGAUUGAUUUCUUGCUGCAUAGGAUAUUCUUCUACUGUCCAUCUUGCUUAUUAUAUAUAGGAAUUAGUUCCAUAUUUUGUAAAUUUAAUUGGCAUUUCCAUUUAUAUUCUGGCUGUAGCUGGUAAAAGGGAAAGGCCUAUAUUCACAAGAAAGCAUAGAUAUAGAUAUAGAUAGAUAUAUUGUCAAAUUUUGUGUGUAAAUUGUUUUUUACCCUGAUUGUAGUAGGGGGCUAGGGGAUGCAUUACAAACCCCCCCACCAAAUUCCGUAAUUUUUGUUGUUAAAUGAGUGAUGAUUUUUGUCA